AUGGUCAAAAAGGAAGCCGCCGCAAAAUCCUCUUCCGGGGGUAAAACCAAGAAAAAAAAAUGGUCCAAAGGAAAAGUCAAGGAUAAAGCAAAUAACGCCGUAGUCCUUGACAAACCAACAUACGACAAACUUUUCAAGGAAGUUCCCACUUAUAAAUUGAUCACUCCUUCGGUAUUAGUGGAUCGUUUGCGUGUCAAUGGAUCGCUUGCACGCGUUGCUAUUAGGGAGUUGGAAGAAAAAGGAUUAAUCCGAAAGAUUUCAACUCAUGGAUCACAACUUAUCUAUACUCGUGCUACCGCAAUUGUCGAUAAACCAGAAGCAUAA